AUCCAGUAUGGCGGUGUGUGUGUGUGAGCGGCGCUGCUCGCUGCUGGCGCUCUGAGAGCGGGAUUAAACACAGCGCGGCCAGAGAGAGAGAGAGAGAGAGAGAGAGACUGAGAAAGAGAGAGACAGACUGAAAGAGAGAGGCAGACUGAAAGAGAGGGAGAAAGAGAGAGGAGCGGCCGCCCUGCUCUUUAGCCUGCACUGAGUUUCCCGGCGAGUGAAGAGAACCAGACCAACAAACAAGACUGGAUUAGCCCUCGACCACAGGGGGCGCUAUGAACGCCUGAGAGUUCCCGAAAUCCACCCGAUUUCCUCAUUUGUCCAGUGAAAUCAGUGACCAGUGGAUGGUGUUCUCCUCAUCCAGGGAGGAGUGAGGUUCUGUCCACACCCUCAUCUGCCUGGACUCUACUAUACUGACUAAACACCCCUGCCCUCCUCUACCUCUUCAUCACACAGUGGCCUGAGCGAGAGAAGAGCAGAAAUAAUGACUUCCCACAGUCACCAAGAUGGCCUUCCUAGCAAAGAGCAGCCACUGGAGCUUCUGAAGCCAUCUGGACUCAACCACAUUCCCUCUGUUGAUGUGAGUGCAGCUCUGCCCAUUCCCGUGCCCCCGGCUGCCAUCCCGAUGGAUCUGCGCGUGGACCACCAGCAGCAGAAGCACUUGUCGCUGGCGUCAGUGGAACCAGCUCCGCGUGAGCAGCAGCUGCAGCAGGAGCUCCUGGCCCUCAAGCAGAAGCAGCAGAUCCAGCGGCAGCUGCUCAUCGCCGAGUUCCAGAGACAGCACGAGCAGCUCUCUCGCCAGCAUGAGGCCCAACUACAGGAGCAUGUCAAGCAUCAGCAGGAGCUGCUGGCUCUGAAGCAUCAGCAGGAGCUUCUGGAGCACCAGAGGAAGUUGGAGCGGCACCGGCACGAGCAGGAGCUGGAGAAACAGCAGCGCGAGCAGAAGCUACAUCAGCUCAAGAACAAGGAGCGCGGCCAAGAGAGUGCGGUGGCCAGUACGGAGGUGAAGAUGCGUCUGCAGGAGUUCGUGCUGAAUAAGAAGAAAGCUCUGGUCCAGAGGAGCCUCAACCACUGCAUGCCCAGUGACCCUCGCUACUGGUAUGGGAAAACCCAGCACAGUUCACUGGACCAGAGUUCUCCACCUCAGACAGGGAUUUCCACUUAUAACCACCCGGUGCUGGGCCUCUACGACUCUAAAGACGACUUCCCGCUCCGCAAGACAGCGUCUGAGCCAAACCUGAAGCUACGCUCCAGACUGAAGCAGAAGGUGACGGAGCGGCGGAGCAGCCCACUACUGCGGAGGAGGGAGGGGCCGAUCACCACGGCUAAGAAACGCUCACUGGACAUGGCAGAAUCGGCGUGUAACAGUGCUCCUGGGUCCGGACCGAGCUCACCCAACAACAGCUCCAACAAUAUCACUAACGAGAACGGCAUUGCUGGGUCCAUCUCCAACAGUCCGGUAGAGCCGUCUCUGGCACACCGGCUAGCUGGCAGGGAGGGUCCUGUAAGCCAUUUGUCCCUGUACACAUCACCCUCCCUCCCCAACAUCACCCUGGGUCUGCCAGCCCCCAGCUCAUCAAGCCAGGUGGCAUCUGGUCAGCAGGAAGGUGAACGGCUGGCGAUGGCGAACCUGCAGCCUGGAUUACCCUUAACCACUCCCUUCAUCCCCGGAGCCCACCUGCCUACAUACCUGGCUGCCUCCGCUCUAGAGCGGGAGGGAGGCUCCGCCCACAACCCGCUGCUGCAGCACAUGGUCUCCCAGAACCCUCUGGUGUCAGGCCUGGGUACUCUGCCCCUGCAGCCUCCCUCCAUCCAUAAACUGCGGCAGCACCGGCCACUGGGCCGAACGCAGUCGGCGCCGCUCCCCCAGAACGCCCAGGCUCUGCAGCAGCUCGUGGUCCAGCAGCAGCACCAGCAGUUCCUGGAGAAACACAAACAGCAGUUCCAGCAGCAGCAACUUCAUAUGAGCAAGAUGAUGGCUAAGCCCAGUGAGCCGGGCCGGCAGCACGAAUCUCAUCCUGAGGAGACGGAAGAGGAGCUCAGAGAGCACCAGGCCCUGACCGACCCGGCCGAGGGCCUACCCCGAGGGGUUACCAUCAAACAGGAGCCCCCUGACGAACUGGAGGAGGAGCUCCAGCAGAGAGAGAGACAGGCUGAGCAAGAGCUGCUCUUCAGACAGCAGGCUCUCCUGCUGGAGCAGCAGAGGAUCCAUCAGCUGAGGAACUAUCAGGCGUCAAUGGAGGCCGCCGGCCUGUCCGUCACGUUCCCCGGACACCGCCCACUGUCCAGAGCACAGUCGUCCCCGGCCUCAGCCACCUUCCCUAUCGUGGUGCAGGAGCCACCAACCAAACCACGCUUCACCACCGGGCUGGUGUAUGACACUUUAAUGCAGAAGCAUCAGUGUAUGUGCGGUAACACCAACACCCACCCGGAGCAUGCAGGCCGCAUCCAGAGCAUCUGGUCCAGACUGCAGGAGACCGGACUGCGCGGCAAGUGUGAGUGUAUUCGGGGCAGGAAAGCCACACUGGAGGAACUGCAGACGGUCCACUCUGAAGCUCAUGUAAUGCUGUAUGGAACUAACCCACUAAGACAGAAACUAGACAGUUCUGUGACACCCAUGUUCGUGAGGUUGCCCUGUGGGGGGAUUGGGGUGGAUAGUGACACUAUCUGGAAUGAGGUCCACUCGUCUAGCGCAGCCCGCCUGGCUGUCGGCUCUGUGGUGGAGCUGGUAUUUAAAGUGGCAUCCGGAGAGCUAAAGAAUGGCUUUGCUGUGGUUCGGCCUCCAGGACACCACGCUGAGGAGAGCACCCCAAUGGGAUUCUGCUAUUUCAACUCUGUGGCCAUCGCAGCCAAGCUUCUGCAGCAGCGGCUGAACGUCAGCAAGAUCCUGAUAGUGGACUGGGAUGUUCAUCAUGGCAACGGGACCCAACAGGCUUUCUACAGCGACCCCAACAUCUUAUACCUUUCUCUCCAUCGCUACGAUGACGGGAACUUCUUCCCUGGCAGUGGAGCUCCCGAUGAGGUGGGCUCGGGACCUGGCCUUGGCUUCAACGUGAACAUGGCCUUCACCGGUGGCCUGGAACCUCCCAUGGGCGACGCAGAGUAUCUGGCUGCCUUCAGAACGGUGGUGAUGCCCAUCGCUAAUGAGUUUGCUCCCGACGUGGUGCUGGUUUCGUCGGGGUUCGACGCAGUGGAGGGCCACGCUUCGCCACUUGGAGGAUACAGACUCACGGCCAAGUGUUUUGGCUACCUGACCAAGCAGCUGAUGGGCCUGGCCGGCGGCCGCCUGGUGCUCGCCCUGGAGGGGGGUCAUGACCUCACUGCCAUUUGCGAUGCGUCUGAAGCAUGUGUUUCUGCUUUACUAGGAAACGAGCUGGAGCCACUUUCUGAUGAGGUUCUGCAGCAAAGGCCCAAUCUCAAUGCUGUGCGCUCCAUAGAGAAAGUUCUGGAAUCACAUAGUAAGUACUGGCGCUGUCUGCAGCGCGGUGCUUCGACGCUGGGCUACUCUCUUGUUGAAGCUCAGAAGUGUGAGACAGAGGAGGCCGAGACUGUGACCGCCAUGGCCUCUCUGUCUGUAGCUGCCAAACACAUGGGGAAGAGGUCCGAGGAGGAGCCGAUGGAGGAAGAGCCGCCACUGUAGAAGCACGGUCCCCUGACGACCUCGGUGACCUCCUUGGCUCACAGCCUCUAACUGGUGUGUGACCUCACUCUGCCCUCUCCACCCGUUUCAUUUUUGGCCGCUCCCGGCUUCAGAGCCUCGUGCCUCGCGCCUCCACCUGCGGGGCUCUGAGCGGGUUUUCAGCACGGGCAUUGAAACGGACCGAAGACAUCUUCAAAACACUCAGAGUGCACCUGUCCGGAACACCUCCGCCGUUUUUAAGUCCGUCUCUGUCUGGCACGGGGGGCGUUAAGGGCCUCCUGCCUGUGUGUCUGUCCUUCCCGGACGCCUGCUUUCCAGCGGGAUAUGGACUCACGUUCCAUUGGUAGAUGUGAGACUGGUGCUUUUAAAAAAAACAAGACUCUUCUUUUCAUGGCCACUAACGUCCGCAUGGUUCCAGCUGUGGACUUCAUCAUGGCUGUGUCCUUUAUUUCUGCUUUUUUUUCUUGUCUCUUUGUUGGUUUGUUUGUUUGUUUUUGUUUAUUUGUUUUGUAUGUUUUUUCUCGAGAGGGGAAAAAGUGACUGACUGCUGUUUCAUUCCAAACUGCGACAUUUUGGAAAGUUACUGCUAUGUGCUUGCGAGGUGUUUGAGAGGAGAAGCCUGAAGCAUGGCCAGGGUGGGAGGGAGGAACUGAGGGGAUUGUGGGAGUUUUAGAGGAAGUGUGGAAGGUGGCUCGUGAAGCAGCCCUUCUGAAUCCCCUCUAACACUCACGAGAGAAAGAGUGAGUGAGAGACACUGAGAGAUUGUGCCUUUUGUUUUUUAAAGCGCUGGUGGAUUUUUGGACGAUUUGAGAAGAACAUUGCCUUAAACUAGUUACAUAAGGGGAAGGCCAUUGGGUCCUUCGGCCUCCCCUCCUCCUUUUUUUCCAGGAGUGGAAUGGCUGAAGGCCCGAAGGACAGAAAGCCCUUUGCAUGUUUACCAGGAAUGCCCUGCAGACUUCUGUGUGACUCACACACACAUUAUCAUCCUUUUUAUUGUCAUUUUAUUCAGUUUUUUCCAUGUUGAGUAAGUUUUUUCUAUACUUGCUUUGGACUUUGCGUAACUUCAGGAUCUUUGGCUUUUGAAACGACUCGUAAGGUAGUUGCCAGCUGUACACAGGCAAACAUUGUUGGAGCAGUUUUCAGCUGAAUUCUGCAGUUCUGCUUUCAAGAGCAAGUGCAGGCCAAUGUAGCUACUUGUUCAAAUUCUAUGACCAAAAUCUCCAUUAUAUCGCCUCCGUUAACUAGCAUGCACUGUUACUCAACACCUUCCCUCGGACCAGUUUGAAUGCUUAGUUAUAGAAGAAGAAACAAACAAACAAAAAAAACACAACACUAAAAGCAUGAGAUCUGAGAUUUAACCAGUACAAGUACAAGUUUGGUGCCAAUAGCCACAGGCAUAUAAGAGAGGACCAUUCAGAAGUUUUCUACGUGCAGAAUUUUGUGGUUUAUGAGAAAACGUUGAAUGAUCGAACUAUUUAUAACUAUAAAUUUUUCUUGUAUUCCUCACCUCAUUUGUUAAAAUUUUUUGAUGGUAAUGAAUGUCAUGAUGCUCAGAUUAAACAACAAUUAUAAGGGCGCAAGCUAAUCAACCAAUAAUAGCCAACAAUAUCCUUCUCAGCAGAUGAUGUGUUGUUUUUUUAUCAUUACUACUAUUAUUAUUAUUAGUGACAUAUUUGAAUUAUAAGGACAAGGGCUGGAAACCAGUUUAAAACUAUACCACUGAGCCUUCUGAUGUGCCAGCAGGUGAGAUUCAGUGCUGGGAGUUUCACAGCUUCACGUUUUCUGCCGUUUGGGCUCCUGUACAGGCAGGACUGGCAGCAUUAGCAGGUGCUACUGUGUCUUUGUAUGCUUGCGUGUGUAUGUGUGUGUGUGUGUGUGUGUGUGUGUGUGAGUGAGCGAGAGUGUUUAUUAUUGUUGGGUGACUGGAUGUGUGUCUACAAGUGUGUCAGUCUAGGAGAUGUAAUCGGACCACCAGCCUGCAGCACCCAGACAUACGUUAAUGACGACUCCCCCACCAACCAACCCCCCCCUCUCGUAGACAGCUCUGUCACUCCCCCGCUCUGCACGAAUCUCUCCAGCUAAGCACGUAAAUUUUGGAGCAGCACAUGUAUGCAUCUCAAUCACCCAUUUGCCUGUAUAUACACGAAGCAUGCUCGCUGACGGCAUCCGACACAGCCUUGACACUGAUGGAACACGUGACUGCUCUGAUGGCGGACUGAUCUGAGGUGGUCUUACUUUGUUUGGAAACCCCCAACUCAUGUUCAGCCUCUUGGCAACUACCUUUGACAUUGUGACCACGGACUUUCUUAGGGUUAUUUCUUGUAUAUUAUCACGAGUGCGAUGAUGAUGGGAAAAGUGCAUAUUAAGGAGGUAGGCAUGAGUUGCUGUUGCAAUUGUUCUUACUGUCUUUUCCAGUAUACCCAUGCCUCACAUGACUACUCCAUUCUGAGUUAUUUGCCAGUUAUGUUCUCGUCUGUAUUUUCCUUGUUUUCUUCUUUCGCCUUGAACUUUUUAUACUUCUUUUUUUUUUCCUCUGUUUUUUAUUAUUGUUAUUAUUUCGUCAUUUUCCCUGUUACGCUCUGUACAGUUGACAAUGUUGUUUUACAUGCUUAAAGUUCUUAAGACAAUAGUUCCUCUCUUAGAGAGCAGCCUUUUACACACACUCUGGGGUUCUGUGGUUUUCUUGGGAGGGUGAAAUUGAGAUGUUUCUACUUUGUAUAAUGAUUCCAACAAUUGUGUAUUUACUAUAUGUUCUGUUCAUAGUAGAUUUAUAUAUGAGAAAAAUCUAUAGAUAUAUAUUAGAGAAGAUUACAAUCACAUUUGAGAGAAAAAAAAAACAACAAAACAAAACAACAACAUCUUUGGAAGUGCAAGGUGAUGCUCAUGUAUCCGCUCUGGCUGUGUUUAGCUCAGGGCUCACUGAAGUCUCUGUUCUCUCCUCAAGGCUGCCAUUGGUUUAGAGCCGCAAACCGUAGCACUACACUGGUUCUAAAAUCACACAGUCACCAUGCACUUGGUUGUACAUCGAGCAACAGUCAACAGAAUCUACAGGCAAACCUACUGAAAACACAGCUUAUUACACAGGCUUGCUUAGUGACAGUGCUGGCAGGCAAGUUUUCACAUUGUUGGUUUUCUGUUUAAUUUCAUCUUCAGUGCCAACACAGACAUUUACCUCCUUUCUCCUGGGUUGAACUGUAGGGGGACGGAAGGGCACAAAGUAAUGUGGUUUGUUUAUUGGCUUUAAAAGCAUCUGACCAAGCUGAUUGGAUGAUAUUUCAUAGUGUUUUAUUAAUCUGAACAUGCAUAUUUCACAACAAAAUUCAAAUUUGUUUUUGGAUUUAAAUGGAAAGACGUAAACCUCUUCUAAUGUUUGGAGAGACAAUGAAGAUGUUGAAGAUGUUGAAAGGCUAUAUUUUAACAAACUGUUAGAACUAAUCUUCCGGUAUGUACUUUAGGCUGUACUUUAGUCUGCCUUGUUCUCACUGUGAGUUGGUUAUAUGCUUUAAAAAGCACUCAAACUUAAAUAAUUAUAUAUUUAAUAAUAAUAUAGUAUAUUUUAUAAAAACAAUAUAAUUUUUAAAUAGACUACUCCAGUUAUAUUCAGGGUCAAUCCUGGUCCAAUUAUUUGUUAAUAUGUGCAGCUAAUGAUGUUGCAUCUUGUAAGUAAGCCUGUUUGUUAUAAAGCAGCAUUAUGUGAGUAUUGAAAGUUGUCUUGCUCCUAUGGUCCCCCUUCAGUUGAGAAGUGAAAUUUACACUAUGAGCUUUCACUAAAGGACACACUGUGCACAUGCAUUUCUUGUUGAGUUGAGAGAUAAAGAUAUGUCUGUAUAUGAUUAUGCAGCGUUAUACAGUUUGUGCAACUGUUGUUCAGCCCGCUUCACCAGAGUUACAUAGUGCAGUUAGAAUACUGCACAGAAACAGUAGGGAAUAGCUCAUCUCCCUGGUAUAAGUCAGUGAUUGUAAAGUUGAUAAUGUUGCUUUAAAUACUUAAAAAAAAAAAAAAAAAGUUUUGUGUUAAGAUAAAAUGAUUGUUUUGUUAGCUUGUGCCCCAUUGUCCCCGACAAGUCCACCUGCUGGAGGAAGAGAGUGUAUUGCACAACCUAACUUGCAUUCUUACCUGAUAUUAGAUUCAGCUCUUUUUCUAUCAUACUGUAGCAUGCACUGAAACACCUUGCACUGCAUUUGUUUGCAUGCAUGAGAGGUGUUACACUGAUAAAUACUAUUAUUAUAUAAUAAUAAUUAUUAUUAUCACUUAUUGUUAAGUAGUAAGUUAAUUACUACUAGUACUUCUAUUAUACCACCAACUAAAGUAUAGUAGACCUUAAAUUUCCAUUUUGCUCCUUAACAUUAGGAGCUUUUUGAGUAACUGCACAUGAUUUCUUUAAAUAAAGGUGUUGCUGCAGCACUGCACCACAUUUCCUCAGUGUUAUGGAGAAGGAGCCAGUAGUAAUGGUAACAUUGCAAUGACCGACUUGCCAACCAGAACUCACAGAUCACUUUGCAAUAACAGUCUGAACAAUGGCAGCCUGUUUCUCUACGUUUCUGUCUUUCUUUUUUCAAAGGGACUUCUCUAUCUGGUUUAUUCACCCAGCUUCCAGAUCACUUUCUUUACAAAACAGGAAAAAAGAAGAAAAAAAAUAACAGCAAACAUUCCAUUUAUUUUAAUUUCCUUUCCAUUUAUUUGAACAUCUGUCAUUCCUGCUAAUUUGCCAUUAAUCCCAGGCCUAGCGUUGUUUAUUUGAAGGCCCGGGUGAGUUUCUGUACCCCUUCGCUCCACCCCUGUCGUUUUCUGCAUGUUCUGUGUGUCGGCAUGCCUGUCUGUCCUUGUAACAUAUUUGCACAACCGAUGAGCACUGGAGGACGAGACUUUUCCAGCAUCGGAGAGCCGCCGCUCUGAAACGCGAGCGCUUUCUCUUCUCUUCCGCGGUCAGGAAGCCGCGGGAAGAGCGAUGCUCCUUGUGUCCGACAGAUGUGCUUUUUACUUGUACUAAAAGAAGCGGAAACGAGAAAACGAAACGAUUUCAAAACAUUUGAAUAUUUUACAAAACGAAAUGAAAAAAAAAAAAAACUAUCUAGCACUUGUGACAUACAGACAACAGAUUUUAUUGUAUUUAUGUAGAACAUUGUUUUAGGUGAACUACACACUACAUACAUAUUAGACUGCCUGUGUGAUAUAUAUAAAUAUAUAUAUAAAUAUAUUAUAUAUAUAUUUUUCCUUCCUUUGGAUGUAUUUUUGGGUUGCGUGGAGAGCAUCUGGAGUCAUCAAAGGGCUUUUUCCAGAUGUUUUGACAGGUAUAUCAUCCUCAGCCUGUCUUUCCCUUUACAGCCAGUAAUAUAUCUAUGACCACUGUGGCUCGAGAGCAGGUCUAGGUUUACAGACGUAAGAAAUGCUUAUUAUUUUUAUCACUUUGUUUUUGAUUUUUUUUGUUUGUUUGUUUUUUUUUCCUCCAUUGUUACAGUAGAACUUUUCUUGGGACCUUUACUUUAACAUUUGUCUUUGACAUCAACUAUAAAGUAUCUUGUUUUGGAAAA